AAAACAUACCACCACCACACAAAACUGAAAACAAACACCAACGCCAAUCACCACCACCUCCACCGCCGCCGCCGGCCACCACCAAUGGCUCCUCCUCCACCCAAACCCCACCUCCUCCUCCUCCUCUUCACCACACUAAUCCUCCUCGUCCAAUCAAAACCCCCCACACUCCUCCCCUCCGACCUCGAAGCCUUCUCCCUCAUCCACAACGACCUCGGCCGCCCCGCCGCGAAUCCCUGCUAUUCCGCCGGAAUAUCCUGCGCCGCCACCAACACCUCCCUCCGAAUCACCGCCCUCGUCUUCGAAUCACAAGGCCUCAACGGCCGGAUCUCUCCCGCCAUCUCCAAACUAACCCAACUCAAACAACUCUCCCUCUCAAACAACAACCUCUUCGAUCAAAUCCCAUCCCAAAUCGUCGACUGCAUCAACCUCGAGAUCCUCGACCUCAGAAACAACCAAUUCUCCGGCCAAAUCCCCGCCGCCCUCUCCCGCCUCAUCCGCCUCCGCGUCCUCGACCUCUCCGGCAACAUGUUCGCCGGAAGCCUCAGAUUCCUGAAACACUUCCCCAAUCUCGAGAAGCUCAACCUCGCCGACAACAUGUUCUCCGGCACCGUCCCGGCAUCCAUCCGAUCAUUCCGCAAUCUCCAAUUCACCGACCUCUCCGGCAACCCCCUCCUCUCCGGCACCGCCGUGGAAUCCGCCGGAAUCCCAAAACGCUACUCCUUCGCCGAAACUUCCAACGCCACCAACACGAAUAACUCAUCCCUCGCCCCGGGCCCAUCUCCAGCAGAAGCCCCCUCCGGCCAACCCGCCGCCCGGAGACACAAACCAAACAAGAAAAAAAGAAUCAUCGGGUGGUCUCUCGGCUUCGCCGCCGGAGUGAUCGGAGGGAUCCUAUCCGCCUUAGUCUUCUCCCUGCUUUUCAAACUCCUCUUAGUCCUAAUCCACGGCAGAAACAGAGACACCGGAAUCAAAAUCUUCAGCCCCUUGAUCAAGAAGCCAGAAGACCUCUCCUUCUUAGAAAAAGAAGACGGCCUGUCCUCGCUCAACAUCAUCGGAAAGGGAGGCUGCGGCGAAGUCUACAAGGCCGUUCUUCCCGGCAGCGACGGAAAGGAAAUUGCGAUCAAGAAGAUUAUCCAAUCGCCCACGGACCAGGAGGAGCUGACGGAGGAAGACAGCAAGCUGCUCAACAAGAAAAUGAGGCAAAUCCGGUCGGAAAUCAAGACUGUCGGAGAAAUCCGCCACCGCAAUUUACUGCCGCUUUUGGCGCAUCUGCCGCGCCCGGAUUGUCACUACCUGGUUUAUGAGUACAUGAAGAAUGGAAGCGUGCACGAUUAUCUGGUCGGGGUGGCGAAAGGGGAGAAGGAGCUGGACUGGCCGGCGAGGUACAAGAUCAUCAUGGGGAUCGCCGCCGGCCUCGAGUAUCUUCACAUGAACCACACGCCGCGGAUCAUCCACAGGGACUUGAAGCCGGCGAACGUGCUGCUAGACGACGAGAUGGAGGCGCGGAUCGCUGAUUUCGGGCUGGCAAAGUCAGUGCCGGACGCGAACACGCACAUGUCGACGUCGAACAUCGCGGGGACAGCGGGGUACAUAGCGCCGGAGUAUCACCAGACGUUCAAGUUCACGGAAAAAUGCGACAUGUACAGUUUUGGAGUGGUGUUGGCGGCGGUGGUGAUGGGGAAGAUGCCGUCGGAUGAGUUCUUCCAGAACACGGAGGAGGUGAGCUUGGUGAAGUGGAUGAGGAACGUGAUGACCUCGGAUGAUCCGAAGCGUGCGAUCGACCCGAAGCUGAUGGGGAGUGGGUACGAGGAGCAGAUGCUGUUGGCUUUGAAGGUGGCUUGUUUCUGCACAUUGGAUAAUCCUAAAGAGAGGCCUGAUAGUAAAAAUGCCAGGACUAUGUUGUCUCAGAUUAAGCAUUGACUCAAUUAUGGAGUACUACUUUUAUGGCCUAAUUUGUUUAUGUGCCACCUCCCUCUACUAUAUAUGCUAUGGAGCUUUCAUUGAAGUAUGACAACUUUUAGGCCUUAUUGGGUGAUGGGCCUUUGAAUAUUAUUUUGGAUGAAAUUGAUUAA